AUCGGACAACUCUGAUCUCUAACAAUAGCAACAACAACAAGAAUCAGCUUGCGUGGACAAAAACAAUAUUGAAAAUGAAUGAAUCAGAAAUUCCCAUUGACAUUCACACUUUAAAGCUGCAAGAUUGGCUAAUAAGCAGACGGAUCGUUCCCAAAAAUGGUCAGCUGGAGAUUAGAGAAAUUCAUAACAAAAUCCGAAAUGCCUUGCAAGAUAUGCCUUCCAAUGACCAAUUGAUUCAAUUGCUGGCAAAAACAAAUAUAAACUAUUUUCACGUUAAGGAGAUCAUUGAGAUCCUUAAACAAACUGAAAAGGAUACAAAAAGCGUUUUUGGUUCAUACGGCAGUCAGCGCAUGAAAGAUUGGCAGGAAAUAUGCCGACUUUAUGAAAAGAAUUCCGUAUAUCUGGCUGAAACGGCUCAGAUUUUUGUCAGAAAUAUCAACUAUGAGAUUCCAGGACUGCGAAAGCAAAUGACCAAGCUGGAGCAACAAACCGACGAUUGCCUAAAGCGUGCCCAUGACUUGAACAAACCGGAGACUCAAUUAUUAGCUGAGCAUUCGGCCCUUUUGGAGCAGUUGGGUGUAAAGGAGGACAAUCUACAUGCAGAGUUCAUAGAAGUCUUGUCUGGAUUGCCGGAACUCUACGCAAAAUCAUUGCAAAAUAUAGGCAGAAUUCAGUCAGCCUUCGAUCUGUAUGCCGAAGUUAGUGGCCAACAGCAAGGACUUCCCAUUUUGAGACAUUUAGUGGAAUUUGGCAACACCACAGUAUAUCAAUAUAUACAUAAGGAAGCGCCAUUAGUUGUAGAGGAGCCACCUAUCAGAUUAAAUUUGACUGUUGGUGAUUCCGGCAAAGAAGCCAUUAAUGCUGGCAAUGAAAUUGACUUUGGUACAGACGAUAAUGGUGGUACUUCCUCCACUGUUUCGGCCGAGAUCAUUGACUAUGGUGACUUCGGAAAUGUUGAUCUCCCGGAGACCGAUGGAGGCAACAUUGACUGGGGCAUUGAGAGUGCUCCCACAGAUGCCGUUGAAAUUAAUUUUGAUAUUCCCGUAGAAGAGUAUGGCAUUGUGGUAGAGGGCACAGGCAUGGAUGGUGGCACAGCCAAGGGUGAUCAGGCAUAUACUCUUUUGGACUCGCCAACCUAUCGAGAUCGCUUUUUUGACGAAAUCUAUGAACUGGAAUCAUUCCUGCGUCUUCGUCUCUUCGAGUUAAAUCAACUGGAGUCGUCUGCAAGCAACAUAAUGUUUUCUCUUAUGGACAACAUGGCCAGCCAUGAUGCGGAGAGUAUACGUAAGCUUCUCCACGAAACCGAAAGAAUUAUUCAACAGACAUCUGAUGAGCAGACACGUCACCUUUUCCAACUGAAGCAUUCGCCCAAGUACGCAAAUCUUUUGGCCACCAAACUGCAGCAAAUGAAUAAAGCAGUGGAGAAAUUGCGUAGUAACCGAGAUUUGCUAAAGCAGAAGGCUGUGGAAUUACGUGAACAACGCCAGCAAUUAAAUCCUGUUUUGGAUGAACUGCUUCAGCAGACGCGUGUCUUGCAAUCGCAUAUCGAAAAGGAUAUAUCGAAGCGUUAUAAGAAUAGAAUUGUUAAUCUAAUGGGAGGUGUUAAUUGAAAUUUUAUUCCAUUGUAUAAUUGAUAUAAAUAAACUCAAACUGUUGGACGUAA